AUGGGGAAAAAGUCAUCCAAGUCAACCCUCCCUCUCUCCCCAUGCGACGAUGAAAACAUGAUGAUGGUGGAGGUUUUGGCUAAACGCGUUCUUACCGUUAAAUUCAAGCCCCCAAAUCCCUGCAGUGCAGUGCAGCAUGGCCCUUAUAGCCUGGUGGUGGGUUGCGUGGCCAUGCUGUGCCUCACAUGUCUGCGGGUGAGGGAGACACAGUUGGCAAACAAGUCCCCCGCUGCUCAGCUCAGUGUCUUUACAAGUCGCCCCAAGCCCCUCUACUCAUCUGAGGAUUAUGUGUAUGAGACUGGAGAAAGGGUGGUGAUGGUGGUGAUGGUGGUGGGGGGGUGUUGCCAUGGCGAGGUGGACACAAAAAGGCGUGGCGUGGGAACAGGUCCAGGGGUCAGGAGUGAGGGUCAGAGGGUCAAGGGUCACAGCCAGCUGGACAGCACACAAGAGGAGGCCAGGAAGAAGAAGAAGAGGAACCCGCAUGAAGCCUUCAUGAACUUCAGACUCCUUGGGCUGCAUGGUGGGGCAGUAGCUAGCACCUUUACCCUCCACUUCCACCACGUGGUCCUCUGCUAUGCCUGUGUUCCCUUCCUCUUCCUCACCACUAGGGUCCUCCUAAACAUCACCAUGUUUUACAAUCAGUCAGGUAAACAUGUCUUUCAGCAGCAUUCUGGCUGUGAAUGGGAUGAUGAAACUGGAGAAACUAAAAGCUUUAAUCGGUACGCCUAUGAUGGUGAAGAUUUCCUCAAACUUGACUUGCUGAAACACGAAUGGACUGCUUUAACAGAAAAAGCUUAUGCCACCAAACUGACUUGGGAAAAUAAUAAAGUUAGUUUGAAACACUCUGAAUACUUCUACUCUAUCCAGUGUCCAGAUUGGCUUAAGAAAUAUGUGACAUUUGGAAGAGAAUAUCUACAGAGAGCAGUUCUUCCAUUAGUAUCUCUACUCCAGAGGUCUAACUCCUCUUUAGUCAGCUGCCAUGCUACUGGCUUUUUUCCUGACAUAGCCGACCUGUUCUGGAUGAAGGAUGGAGAAGAAUUUCAUGGAGAUGUAGAAAAAGGAGAGAUCCUCCCCAACAACGAUGAAACCUUCCAGAUGAGCAUUUAUCUGAACACUUCCUCAUUACCGCUGACAGAUUGGCAGAAAUUCAGCUGUGUGUUUCAGUUAUUUAGCAGUCAGAAAAACAUCACCGUCAGUCUGGACAAAACAAAGAUCAGGACUAAUGAUGCCACACAUGUAAUGUGUUCUGGUAACACAGGUCUGUUUAAUUUAGAUAAAAUUACUGCCUUAAUGAAUGAAGACUGUCAACAAAAAGUUAUUUGUUUUGUAAUUCACAAAUGUUUCUAUUUAGCUCUAAUUGAAGCAUGGUCCAAAAAAUAAUCAUAUCUUAAAAAUACAGGUAAAAAAAUCUCAGGUAAAUGACUCAAUGU